AUGGCUACCGCUGUAUUCUCGGGCAGUAGCCCCUGCGCUGCCAUCGUCGUGGAUGAUGAUCACACAUCUGAGGAUAAAACCACGACAGAAUGGCAGCGAAGGGUCAAUGCCUAUCGCCCUCAAGGCCGAGAGAACUCUGUCGUCACCAUCAACAGUGAUUUCGACGUCCUGGAACAGAAAGAAGAGGACAUCGCCGACAGAGAACUCGAAAAUCUUAUCGAUCUUACUGUUGAAGAUGACCCGGUUGUCCGACACCGUCGACGACGUCGCCAACCGCUCCCCGCCAAGAAUCCUGAGCGUCAUCACCAGAGCAUAGAAACUGGCCAACGGCUGAUCAAGCUCAAGAAGUUUUAUGAGCUGGAUCCUUCGCAAUGCCCCAAAUCGGCGCUAGAGCCGCAUUUUCUUCUGGUGAAAAAGAUCACGGAGGAUUUGAUCACCAACAAAAUCACAAUUACCGGACUGCCGUUUGUCAGAGUACGCUCACUCAUGGCCAAGUUGCCGCGAAAGUUGAAUGAGGUGGCCGUCGUCUACGAACUAGACGAAAACGACGACAGGACGAUCAACGAGCAGGCAAGCAUUGAGGUCCCCUUGUCGGCAAUCAUCGGACCUUCCAGAAGCUUUCACACUACGAAUGCGCUCUACCCGCACCAUCGCUAUGACCCGAAAGCCUUCGCCAACCUAGAAGCAGUCGAGAAGGAAGGUCCACUGGUGUGUCGGUGGAAGUACUUCAUUCACUACCGAGACUCGCGCGAGAAGAAAACAAGCAAAGCUCAUCAUUGGACGUUGGAACGUGUUCGAGAGCACGAAGUCGAACGAGAAGACUUUAGGGUAUCUGAGGAAGAUUUGCGAUCUGACUGGCGAGGCGUGACAAUCCGCGGAGGCGCACAUCUUCCAGAGAUGCAGCCUCAGGUGCUUGGAAAACCCACCGAGAAGCAGAAAUACACAGUCUUCGAUUCUUUCUGCGGCGCCGGCGGCUUCUCGAGAGGCGCCGAGCGGGCAGGGAUGAAGGUCCAACAUGCCGUCGACUCAUGGGACCGGGCGUGCAACACCUACCGCCAAAACUUCCCGGAUACCAAUCUCUUCGAGAUGACUGUCGACGAGUUUAUUCUUCACCAAAAAGAUGUCCCAAUGAGAGUUGACGUUCUCCAUCUAUCGCCACCAUGUCAGACAUGGUCACCAGCUCACACCGUCGCGGGACAAAACGACGAGGCUAAUAUCGCCUCGCUCUUUGCCUGCAGAAGUCUCGUCGAGAAAGUGCGCCCUCGACUCUUUACGCUGGAACAGACCUUUGGAAUACUGCAACCGGCUUACUCGCCUUUCUUCAAUACUCUUCUGAUGGGGUUCACCGAGUUCGGGUAUUCUGUAACUUGGAAGCUGGUCCAUCUCCAGACCUGGGGGCUCCCUCAAGUCCGAAAGAGACUGAUUAUGAUUGGCGCCUGUCCCGGAGAGAAGUUGCCCCCCUUUCCCAGAGCAACCCACUCUGAGACGGGAGCCGGCGGUCUGGAAAAGUACGUGACUAUCAAGAAAGCACUCGAGAGGAUCACGAAUGACUGCACCUGGCACAACCCGGAGGAGGAGAUGAGAGACACUUUGCCCACGGGCUCAGUCGUGUCCAGCCCGGAUGAGAUCUUGAAGAGAGCCAUCACAUGCUCGGGAGGCGGAAAUAUGCACUAUUCGAAUACCAGAGCCUACACGGUGCGUGAGUUCGCCAGCCUUCAGGGGUUCCCCUUCUGGCAUCAAUUCCCCAAGGCUCCCAAGUCAGUCUUGAAGAAGCAAAUCGGGAAUGCAUUCCCGGCGUGCGUUGUACGACCGCUCUAUGAGCACCUCAAGAAUUGGCUUCUAGCCGAGGACGGCCUCGCCCCUGCCUGCGACGUGAGAGCCAGCGUUGGCGGAAGAGCCAGCGUUGGCGGAAGAGAAUUGGUGUUCCUGACCGAGGCGCCUGCGCCUACGCCUACGCCGCGCCGCGUCCCUGUUCCCGUCGCGAUGCCGUCGCUCUUGAGAACCCAGGGAGACUCUGCGAACAACGCUAUGGUGCUUGAUGAAGAUGAAGAUGAUCAGAUUGAGAUCAAGUUCUACGGGGACUCCGACAUUGAGAUGUCUGACGUGCCCGAGGCGUCUAGGAGCCCGGAUACCCCUGACACGCCGCUGUCUUAUUACCGGUACCGGUCUCGGUCGAGGACGAUGUCGCUUGGACCGUCUCCAGAGCCGGUGCAGUCUGGGCUGAAGGACUCGCCUAUUGUGAUUGACUGA